GUCCAAAUUUCCACACGCAGCAGAAGUUCUAGAUCUUUCUAUAACGAGAACGGUAAGCCCAAAAUCUAGACCCUUCCAUAGGCAGAAGCCUCCAGACCCAUCUCCUUCUUCCUUUUUCAAACCCUAUUUUCUCGCUCUUUCUCAUCUCAUUCUCUUGGAACGCAAACACUCGCGUUAAAGACUCUUUCCCUUUUCGGAAACCUAUUUUCUGUUUCUCUGAAUCUCAAACCUAGUAUUGAAUGGCGAAGUACGGAGAGGGCGACAAGCGAUGGAUCGUCGAGGACAGACCAGACGGCGCCAACGUCCAUAACUGGCACUGGGCCGAGACCAAUUGUCUCGAAUGGAGCCGAAACUUUCUCACUAAUCUUCUCUCCAAUCUCACCGUCCUCGACGGCGAGGGAAAUCUCUUCGCCAAGACCAAAAUUGUUGAUAAGGUCGACGGCGAGGCUUACGUUAACAUCCGAAAGGGGAAGAUUAUACCCGGGUACGAAAUCAGCGUUUCGAUCCCUUGGGAGGGCGAGGCCAAAGACGUGGAUGGGAAAUCUUUGCUCAAGGUUGAAGGGGUUGUGGAGAUUCCUUAUAUAGCCGAUGAGAAUGCCGACGAGGACCCUGAAUUAAGGUUUUCUGUAAAAGAUGAGGGGCCCAUUGGGAAGAGGUUGAAGGAGGCCAUGGUGACGAAAGGGAAGCCCUUGAUUCUGGAAAAGGUUAAGGUUUAUGUGCAGAGUAUGGCGAAAGGUGGGCCUGCGAAGGAUGAAUUGGAGAACAAAAAGGUGGUGCCAAAGAGUAGUGGGUCGACCGCAGCUGCGGUUGCGGCUCCUGUGGCGGCGAAGAAAGAUUCUGUGGCAGCUAAGAAAGAGUCUGCGGCGGGGAAGAAAGAGGCUAAGAAGGAGAGCAAGAAAGGCUUUAAGACCAUUUCGUUGACCGAGAAGUUUAGUUGCAGAGCAAGGGAUAUGUUUGAGAUAUUGAUGGAUGAGAAUAGGUGGAAGGGCUUUACUAGUAGUAAUGCUAGGAUUAACAAAGAGGUUGGUGGUGAGUUUAGUAUCUUUGAUGGCUCGGUGACUGGUACCAAUUUGGAGUUGCAAGAAGGGAAGUUGAUUGUUCAAAAAUGGCGAUUUGGGAGCUGGUCUGAUGGAAUUCAUUCAACGGUGAGACUGACUUUGGAUGAAACUGAACCGGGAGUUACUGUAGUUAAGCUAACACAUACUGAUAUCCCGGAGGAAGACAGAUAUGGGAAUGCGACUGUGGUGGAGAAUACAGAGAGGGGAUGGAGGGAUCUUAUAUUCCACAAGAUACGAGCGGUUUUUGGUUUUGGACUUUGAGAGCUUUUGCUUAUCUGAUUUGAAACUUGUAGAAUUUGUUAACUUUGAUUUCUUUUCUAUCAAUGAAGCAUAAAAUUGCAUCUUUGGCAUGGAUAA